CCAUAGACACCGGAAGCGGUUUGAGCGUUUCUCCUUGGCGUGAGUUGGGCUGCAGCUGGAAUGAGAAUGGGUCAUUGAGAAGCAUAAACAGGAGACUUAAUAACAGUAUAACUAAUCGAAAUCUUUAAAAGCUGAAGUAAACGCAGAAAUUUAGACUGGGUGACAAACAUGAAGCGAGAUGUCAGGAUAUUGUUAUUGGGGGAACCCAAGGUGGGAAAGACAUCAUUGAUCAUGUCUCUGGUUGGGGAGGAGUUUCCUGAGCAGGUUCCCCCCCGUGCUGAAGAGAUCACCAUCCCCGCCGACGUCACUCCCGAGAAGGUGCCCACGCACAUUGUCGACUACUCGGAGAGCGAGCAGACGGAUGAGGUGCUGCAACAAGAAAUUGUCAAGGCCAACGUGGUGUGUGUGGUUUAUGACGUCACUCAAGAGGACAGCAUUGAGAAGAUCCGAACAAAAUGGAUCCCUUUAGUGAACGGUGGCGCAGAGAAGGGAAGCAACAGGGUCCCCAUCAUCCUGGUGGGGAACAAGUCGGACCUCCGCUGCGGCAGCUCCAUGGAGUCCAUCCUGCCCAUAAUGAACCAGUUCUCCGAGAUCGAGACCUGCGUGGAGUGUUCAGCCAAGAACCUGAAAAACAUCUCAGAGCUGUUCUACUAUGCUCAGAAAGCUGUGCUGCAUCCAACUGCCCCUCUCUACGACCCUGAAGAUAAACAGCUAAGGCCCAUGUGUGUUCGAGCCCUCAGUCGAAUCUUCACCAUCUCCGACCAAGACAAUGACAGGAUUCUUAGUGACAGCGAACUCAACUGCUUUCAGAAACUGUGUUUCGGGAACCCGCUGGCCCCGCAGGCUCUUGAGGACGUGAAGACAGUGGUGUGGAAGAAUACUAGUGACGGGGUGCAGGACAAUGGCCUGACGCUUAAUGGCUUCCUGUUCCUCAACACGCUGUUCAUUCAGAGGGGCCGGCACGAGACCACCUGGACCAUCCUGAGGAAGUUCGGCUACGAUGACUCGUUGGAGCUGACAGACGACUACCUCCACCCUCAGCUGCACGUUCCAGCGGGCUGCUCCACGGAGCUCAAUCACCUGGGCUUCGAGUUCCUUCAGAGGCUGUUUGAAAAGUACGACGAGGACAAGGACUCUGCCCUCUCUCCUACGGAGCUGAAGAAUCUUUUCAGCGUGUUUCCCUCCGUGCCCUGGGACACGGACGUGUACACGGCAGUGCCCCUUAACGAGGAAGGCUUCGUUACGCUGCACGGGUACAUGUGUCAUUGGGCGCUGACAACAUACCUGAAUGUCCAACGCUGCUUGGAGUACCUGGGCUAUUUGGGCUACCCUGUCGUCACUGAGCAAGAGUCCCAAACUGCAGCAGUGACGGUCACACGGGAGAAAGCCCUGGACCAGGAGAAGAGACAGACCCAGCGCACUGUGUUUCUCUGUAAAGUGAUUGGACCUCGUGGCACCGGCAAGACCGCCUUCCUGCAGAACUUCCUGGGCCACAGUUUAUCGAAACAGCAGAGUCAUUCUGGUGCCUUGUCCUGCUACGCCGUGAACACUGUUCAAGUCAACAACCAGGAGAAGUUCCUGAUCCUGUACGAGGUGGACGUGGACACGGAGCUCCUCAAGGUCUCUGAUACAGCGUGCGAUGUGGCCUGUUUCAUGUAUGAUGUCAGUGACCCCAAGUCCUUCAGCUACUGUGCCAGUGUCUACAAGCAGCACUAUAUGGACAGCAGCAUUCCCUGUGUGCUGGUGGCCUCCAAGGCUGACCUCCCCGAGCAGAGGCAACAGCACGGAGUUGCCCCUUCGGAGUUCUGCUACAAGCAUGGGCUGCCGCCUCCCUUCACCUUCUCCUGUAUUGGUUUCGACUCCUCCAGCGCCUCCAUCUACUCCAAGCUGGCCUGGGCCGCCAUGUUCCCGCACCUGAAUGGCUCAGACAUGAGCAGCACCUCCUUCUGGCUGAGAGUGACACUUGGGGCCGCUGUUGUGACAGUCCUGGGCUUCAGUAUCUACAGAGCUCUCAUCAGGCAGAAAUAGACCGCCUAAACCACCCACCUCCAUUUCCCCUUACAGACUGACUGACACUCCAUCAACAGACUUGCCACAUGGGAAAGGGUGUGGCAUAUGCUAGCAUCAUAAUUAAAUUCCUGUUCUCUUACUUUUAAGUCCAGGACCAGUCUGAUCUUAACUCCCCCCCCCCCCCCCCAUCUCACUGUUCCAUGCAGUUUCUUCCUAUAGGUUCCAUGACGGAUUGUCACUCGUGACCUGACAGGUAUUCAUUUCUCCCAGGUCAGCCAAAGAUACCGCACAGAUACAUUGGUUGAAGUGAAGUGAUGAUGAAAACACAGGAAAUAUCAAAGCCCAUCUCACCUCUGUAACCAUUUUUGUUCUCUGUGGGCUCAUAAGGGAUAAAGAUUAGUUUUAGAUAUCAAAAUAGAUUUUUUUUUUUUUCCUUUUUAAAAAAAAUGUAAUUUAAAAAAAAAAAAGUGUUUUGGGAGACCACUCAUCAGGUAUGUUGGUCUCAGCUGGUGGUCAGCUGGCACCAAUAAAUGAUACCCACAAUGCCCUUGGUAUGGCAGUGAGAUGAACAUCAAAGCAGCCUCAGUGUAGGCUUCAAGAGCCAAAGGUGGCUGUGAGUCAUGCAUCAUUCACAGGCCAACGAGAAGCCUGACAUCCAGCGGUUGCCAUGGAGAACGUGUGACCAGUGCAGUCACAGGGAACUGACCAGUAGACAGCCCUGAUGGUGGCUUGGUGCUGACACCUGCUCCUGAGGCCUCUUCUGAGUUCUGUGUUAAUAAGAAGCGGACCAUUCUAGUCAAAUUUGUCUUCACUCAGCUAUGGAUAUCAAUCUAUGAAUUUGCCAAAAUAGAACCAGCACUAGUGUAUAAUGGUAUCCAUUGACCCUCACAAGAUCCAGGUUUGUUAAAUUCAUGAAAUAAGCAAAAUGGUCUAGAUUUUCUUGAGUCUAUUGUCAUUUGGUUACUGAAUGAUGAUAGAACUCUUGUAAUUGCUUUUGGGGAGGCUGGCCGGCUAUUAGUUUUUAUCUGCUUUCCAGCUGCAAGGCAGGGCAAUCACAAUGAGGAAUGAAUUACCAGUGCAACAGUAUGGGGCCGCAAAGUCACAAGUUACGGCCUCUUGAAAAACUUACCAAAUUGAACGGUCUUCCAGAGUAACACAAUAAGAUUAGAUGGCCUUGCGAUGUGAAUGUGGUUUUGACCUCUAAAGCUUAAAUGUGUUUAUGAAAGGGAAACCCUGUCCGAAAUGCAUUCAAAAAGCAUGCUUUUCGAUAAAUUUUUAAUAUAUAUGGCAACACCGAUAUAUCAUAUAUGCUACAGCAUGCUUACAGCAACUUUGAAAACGGUGUUAUUUUGUCCAUUAGCAGUAUAUUUGCGGGGAGCAAGAAUGGAGAUACUGUAUUAACACCUGAACGUGGGCUUUUAAUCUCCACCGCGGUAUGGAAGCCAUGCCAAUUAUUUAGUAGGUCUAAUUUCAGAAUGCAGUGAUAUGCAUAAAACAAUUUGUCAAGGAGCACCAUAUACAGAGCAGAGGCGUACUGAAAUCGUAUCCUUCAUAUUUGCCAUUGGAUUCUUUUUGUUUACCAACUGGAGUUAAUACACUUGGCGAUGUUUUCCCCCACAGUCCAGUCGAAAAGUUCCAGAAUUUUUCCUUUUGUCACAUUUGAUCUACUUUUCAUAGGACAUUAAUUGUAGACAAACUGCAAGUCUUGCCUUUCGCCGGUCCAUUUUGAACCACAUUUCAUCGUUUUCGAUUCUAUGUAUAUCUAAAUGAAGUGCUCAGAUAAGCCAUAUUUUCGUUUAAAUAUUUUAAAUAAACUAAUACGUUUACAGAA